AUGGCUUUUGUGCAAGAAAAUUCGUUUGUGUUAGAUGUCGUUCAUAACGCAUCUAUAUUUCCAGAUUCGAAAACGUUUGUGGAUUUAUACCUAAGAAAACCACAAGAGGAGGUACUUGAAGCCUUUAAAAAUUUGAUUUCAGACACCAAUGAAGUUCCUAAAGAAAAAGUUUUAGAACUCCUUGAACAUUACUUCGAAGAGAUAGGCGAGUUUGAGCAUUGGGAACCAAGUGACUACAAUCCGGAACCAGCAUUCCUGAAGAAAAUCAAAAACGAAAGGUAUAAAGAAUUUUGCAAAUUAUUAAAUGGAAUAUGGCCCUCCUUGUCACGGAAGGUGAAGAAGGAAGUGUUCGAGGAUCCAGAGAAAUCCUCCUUAAUUGCCAUACCUAAUGGAUUUAUUAUUCCUGGAGGACGAUUUAAGGAAAUUUACUAUUGGGAUAGUUUGUGGAUCAUUGAAGGACUCUUAAUCUGUGACAUGACCGAGACAGUAAGAGGAAUUCUUGAGAAUUUCAUUCAUAUGAUUGAUACAUUGGGUUUUAUACCUAACGGUAGUAGAAAGUAUUAUACGUCCAGAUCCCAACCACCACUAUUUGCUUUUAUGGUGAAUGAGUAUAUUAAAGCAACGAAUAAUACAGAAUGGUUACAUAAAAAUAUAGCAAGCAUCGAAAAAGAACUGCAAUUUUGGUUAAACAAAUUUACUUGUUUAAAGAAAGGAGAAAAGGAUUAUCAUAUGUGUCGAUAUAUUAGUGAAACUCCACUUCCGAGACCUGAAUCAUAUAAAGAGGAUAUGGAUACAGCUUCUAAAGGUGAUAAGGAGAAGUGUUAUAUUGAGUUAAGAAGUUCAGCUGAAAGUGGAUGGGACUUUUCAAGUCGCUGGAUUUUCGAUUCUGAUGAACACGAAUUACACAAAACUGAAAUAACUAGAGUUAUUCCUGUUGAUUUAAAUGCCAUGUUGUGUAGAGAUUUUGAAAUUAUUUCUGAAUUGUAUUCGCUUAUAGGAGAGAGUGAAAAGGCCAUAUUGUGGAUGAAGAAAUCGAAAGAUUUGCUAGAGGCUAUUGAUGAGCUUUUGUAUAACGAAGAAGAAGGAAUUUGGUUAGAUUAUGAUGUGAAAACAAAUUCACAACGUAAACGAUUUUAUGCAAGCAAUUUUUCACCUCUUUGGACUGGCUCAUAUGAUAAGAAUCAAUCUUCUAGGUACGGGGAACGCGCCGUAGAAUACUUGAAGAAAAAUGGGAUUUUAGAACUCAAAGGUGGUGUACCAUGUUCUUUGAUACGAACAGAACAACAAUGGGAUUUUCCAAACGUGUGGCCCCCUCUGCAAUCCAUAGUUACAUUGGGAUUGGAUAGGACUGGACAUCCAGAAGCUCAAAAGGUUGCUAGACAAUUGGCUGAAACAUAUCUAGAAUCAAACUUGCAAGCGUUUAAUGAAACUAAUGUAAUGUUUGAGAAAUAUGAUGCCGAGUCUCCUGGUAAAUAUGGCUACGGUGGUGAAUAUGCCGUGCAACCAGGAUUUGGUUGGAGCAAUGGUGUAAUAUUGUCAUUUGUUAAACAUUUUCAAUUUUAAAUUGAGUUGUUUAAUUUAUUGCAGU